AUGAUGAGAUUCAAAAAUGUUCAAGGGUCCCUGUACACAUUAGGCCCCUAUUUACUUAAUACCCCUUUUUCCCCUGGUCCAGGGCCACUGAGUAUAAAUCCUACAGUAUGUAGCAGCAGACCCGGCACGCACGCACGUACUGAACCUGAUUCUAUUGUAUUAUUUUCGUUCUUUGACAGGACUGAAACAUAUGGACCGGUGUACCGCCUCAACAGACUUCAUUUUGUGAUGCUGAAUGUCACCUGUCCCGACACCACCAAAGAAAUACUGAUGUCACCCAAGUACUCAAAAGGUGCUUUCUACAACCGUCUCGCCAACCUGUUUGGACAAAGGUUCAUGGGAAAUGGCCUGGUUACGGAACGUGAUCAUGACCUGUGGUACAAACAGCGGAGGAUCAUGGACCCUGCCUUCAGCAGUCUAUACCUGCAGAGUCUGAUGGGUACGUUCAAUGAGAGGGCAGACAUGCUGAUGGAUAAACUGGGGGAAAUGGCAGAUACCAACACAGCUACUAGCAUGCUUCACCUGUUCAACCGUGUGACCCUGGAUGUCAUCACCAAGGUGGCAUUUGGAAUGGAUUUGGAUCUGCUGAAUGACAUUGAUACUCCGUUCCCCAAAGCCAUAGACAUAUGUCUAAAAGGGAUGAUCCACUAUAUGAGAGACGCCACAUUCCAGAUCAACCCAAAGAACUGGAAGUUCAUCAGCGAGGUGAAGGAUGCUGCUAAACUGCUGCGUACUACAGGCAGACAGUGGAUCAACAAGAGGAAAAUGGCCUUGCACAACGGGGAAGACGUUCCAAAAGAUAUAUUCGCACAGAUUCUCAAGACGGCUGGCAAUGAGGAAGAGAUGGGAAAGGAUGAUUUUGAGCUUAUGCUGGACAACUUUGUGACAUUCUUUAUUGCCGGACAAGAGACAACAGCCAAUCAGCUAGCUUUUGCUGUCAUGGAACUUGGAAGGCUGCCAGAGAUAUUGGCAAAGGUGAAGCAGGAAUUAGAUGAUGUCAUUGGAAUGAAACAGGAAAUCAGCUUUGCUGAUCUGGGGAGGAUGACCUACCUGUCUCAGGUGUUGAAGGAGACCCUGAGGUUGUACCCCACCGCUGCUGGGACGUCGCGAUACGUCACCAAUGACAUGACCAUAAAUGGCAUCCACGUCCCUGCUGGAUUCGCAUGCCUAUUUAAUUCAUAUAUCUGUGGACGGAUGGAAAAGUUCUUUAAAGACCCGUUGAAGUUUGACCCAGAGAGAUUCCAUCCAGACGCCGCCAAGCCCUAUUACUGCUACUUCCCCUUUUCACUGGGUCCACGUUCAUGUCUGGGACAGAAUUUUGCAAAGAUCGAGGCGAAGGUAGUAAUGGCCAAGCUGUUGCAGAGGUUUGACUUCAGCCUGCUGCCCGGCCAGUCCUUUGACAUCCUGGACACUGGCAGUCUGAGACCAAAGAGUGGAGUGAUGUGUAACAUCAGACACAGAGGACCGACACGCACCGGCCAAAUGGCACCUAGAAAUGACUAACACAAUUAUUACUACUACCACCACUAACAUAAUACUAACAGUAAUACUAUUACUACUAGUACUACAGUACUACUAAAGGAUGGUAGAUGAUGGUGUAGUUAGCCCUGAUUUUUAAACACCUGAAGAUUUAUGUUACUAUUACUAUUGACUACUACUACUACUACUACUACUACUACUACUACUACUACUACUAAUACUAAUAAUAAUCAUAAUACUGCUACUACUGCUACUCCUAAUUAUGGUAAUAACAGUAGAUAAUGGGUGUGGAAGGCAUAGGUCUGUAAGUGAGCAAUAUUGAGUGAGAAUGACCAGGAUUUGAACUUAUUUAACUAACUAACAUGGUGGAAAGUGAUUUCAGGGACACACAUUAUGUCAAAUAUAAUAAAAUAAAUGCAAUGUUCAUGUGAAAAAUA